AAGCUUCUUCGUAUUAGGUUCUUCUUUUUCCUUCACUGUCAUUUCUAGGCUGCUCCUUCCACAUCCCUUCAACCCCACUUAGGUAAAAACUCGCCCACUUCCAAAUCACACCUCACCUCUCCUCAACCACAAUGCUGUCGUCAGAAUCAAGCGGUGUUGUAGAUCCAGCAGCGCGCGACAAAUAUCUGCUCCAGGUCACUGCAGGCCCCUCUUAUGACUCGUCGACUCACCGCGAAGUGGCCGUCAACGGUGACGAUGCCCACGUUAUCGACAACGAUGUCAUGACCUGCUACCUAAAAGUGCGGAUACGUGACUACCAUGGCCUUCCCCGCAGUUCUCCCUCAACAAAUAAGUACUUCUCACAUCCGACGCAUCUGUCAGACCGGUAUUCCAUAGGCUUCUCCUUCGUCCCUAAGAAAGACAUUGCUGGGAAUGAUCUGGUAACUGGAUUCGACUUUGAUCACUCCAUCAAAGAUCGUCUCCCGCCAGGGUUUAAAUACGCGAUGAAAAUCGUUACUACCAUCCUAGAUCCUGGAAUUUAUAGCGAUCCAUAUUCUGACAGGCCGUACUUAUAUGGUCCAGCGCUUUCGAGUUUCUUUUCGUUCCGCGUUGGUGAGCAUGAGAGUCACACACCGGCGGAUAACCAGCUCGCCACGCAACUUCAAAAAGACCCAGCGGGAGUAAUUGAGGAAGGUGCCGAUGGUAGUGGACAGCAGAUUCGGCAAGAUCUGAGCAUUCCGCCAAAGGCCAACAAACGGCGGAAAAACUUUCUGAACAUCUCGAAUCUCGAGAACUUCACCUUUGAAGCCGGGCGACUUUACCAAGCAGAUUUCUUCAACCCGUAUCUUGAUUUCGCCAAUUUCGCGCUAAGGAUUCCCGGGUUCUCCAUUUCGGUAGUACGCUACAUCGAUAACAAAACACAUCAGUUACGCUACGUCCUCAAGAACAGGAGAACGGAUGAAGUUCUCUUCGUCGUCAUCUUCACGCUUCUCUUCGGCCAAAAACUAGCGGGUACUUUAGGAAAACACCCUGAAGCAAAAGAAAUUCAGAAGCCAACAGUAGGGACACCACAAAGGCACACUCCCGAAGGCGAGCCGUCAAGACCGGAUACCUCAUCGUCUUGCGAGACUCCUGUGCCAUCUUCUCGGUCCUCCACCCCUGCAAGUUCGGAGGUAGAGGAGAUAGAGAAUUCGGGUGCGGCAGCCACCUUUGCGAACUCGAUUUACUCAGGAUUCGCAGCCCUCGGAUUCGGUAGGACGGCAUCAAGCUCUGAAGCGUCAAGCGAAAGUGGGUCGAAGAGUACAUCACCCGAACGUCCAAGGAAACCGUUGGCUUCAUCAAAAACAACGAGUCUCGAGGAACGGAAAAAAGAUAUAAACAGCAGGAUUGAUGAUUUAGACGAAGUGCAGAUGGAGGAUUAUUUGAGGGGCAGGCAUGGAAAUGGGGGUGUGAGAAGAUGAGCAAGCCCCCCCAAUGGAGACAAUGAAAGAUAUCUCGACAGGUUUUGGCAUUGCGAAGGCGUUAAGAAACUGCUGGGCAUCGUGGGCAAGAUGAGGGCUCAUCGAGAUUAAUGAA